AAAGCAAACCGCCUUCUGCUUUGUACGGCUUAUUUUCUUCAAAAAGCUGUUUAUUUUGUUCAGUGAAAAUUAAGCCCGUUUACCAGUGAAAUAAGAAAACGUGUCAUUCAGCAGAGUAGUGUGGAAAAUGUCAGACCACAAAGUUCCAAUUUCAAUCUCGCUCAAUCAGGACACUGUGUACGAGUUGGAGACAGCAAUCGAAAAUGCUGUCAAAUUGAACUACCAUUCCAUUACGAUUCCGGUAGUACAUCGUCGGUUUGAGAGAGAGUUCCUAGAAGAACCGUUGAAGACUAGUCACAAUCGUUUUACUCGAUCCGAUUUAUUGCUUACUUCAUCUCAGUGGCUAAAUCGAGUGAUCUGUCGGCUAAGUAGCAAUGUUGAUUGUGAUUCCGAAGAUGAGACCGUCCGAAAGCGUGGCGAAGCGGCUAUGAGACAGGAACUGUCUUUUGCUGAACAUUUGGUUCAAAAUGGAUAUAUCAUAAUACGCUUAAAGAAUGCAAACUGUGCCAAUCUGGCACGGAUUAUUGGCUACGGAUUGAAGGGUGUUUUGCUGGCUGAACUGCCGAUGAGUAGCCCCAAGGCUGCCCAAAAAAUGUGGCGCAGUGACUUAAACAAUGAACUACAACCCAGCGAUCCCUGGACUUGGUGGAACAAUUUUCGAUCCUGUGCAGAUACUGAUGUGCAUAUUAAAGUUGCCUUGGAGUUGACAGCGGAUAUCCCGAAUAAGCAGGAAAUUUAUCGCUGGCUCGGUGAGCCAGUCGAUGCCAUCGUAAUAUCGUCCAACAUCUUUCUUACCAAUUCCAACAACUAUCCGGUUCUAUCGAAGGCUCAUCAGGAAUUGUUGGUGCUGUUCCAUCGUACAUUCAGCUGCCAUUUCAUUCUCAAAGCUAAUCCGGAGGAUAAACGUUUAGUUCAUUAUUCGGACUACAUCAAAUAUAUUUUACGCAAUAAUUUUGUAAAAGAUCCCAUGCAGGGUUAUGACGAUUUGCUGGAAGUUCCGCUGCAGCCCUUGUAUGACAACUUGGACAGUUUUACGUAUGAAGUUUUCGAAAAAGAUCCAGUCAAAUAUAUUCUGUAUCAGAAUGCAAUUGAAGAGGCUCUCCGUGAUCGCGUUCCGACGGAGGAAAUAGAAACACGUACGUCCAUAAUUAUGGUUGUCGGUGGAGGCCGAGGACCUUUGGUUCGAGCUGCACUUAACGCUUCGCUAAUCAGCAAGCGCAAGAUUAAGCUGUACGUCAUCGAAAAGAACCCAAAUGCGAUUGUUACUCUCAGUGCCCUGAUCGCGGAACUGUGGAAGGAUAAAAACAUUGAACUGAUAUCGACUGAUAUGAGGGAAUUCGAACCGCCGGAGAAAGCUGAUAUUCUCGUUUCGGAAUUACUCGGGUCGUUUGGAGAUAAUGAAUUAUCGCCUGAAUGUUUGGAUGGUGCGCAGAAGCAUUUGAAGCCGGAUGGGAUCAGCAUACCUUGCAAAUCCACAUCCUAUAUAAACCCAUGUAUGACAUCUAAAAUUUACAACCAAAUCCGCUCUCUGGAGAAAUGCAAUCACACUAAAGAUCGUAUAGUUAGCUCUCGCUGUAUGGAAGGCUCGUACGUGGCCUAUUUGAAGAAUGUUUAUCAUAUCGACAAUCCGCAGCCGUUGUUCGAAUUUGUUCAUCCCAAUCGGGAUAAGGUAAUGGACAACUCUCGCUACCGAACGGUGCGCUUCAAGGCAUCGCUGGAUUGUGUCAUGCACGGAAUUGCCGGCUAUUUCGAUUCCGUGCUGUAUAAGGACAUUAACAUCAGUAUUCACCCGUUCACGCACACCAAAGGAAUGGGAUCGUGGUUUUCGAUGUUUUUCCCCCUGUUCGAGCCAAUGCAGAUCCGAAAAGGAGAGGAAAUCGUUAUCAACUUCUGGAGAUGCGUAGCUUCGCAUAAGGUUUGGUAUGAGUGGAAUGUGACCGCACCCCGGCAGACCCACAUUCACAACGUUCAAGGACGGGGACAACCGAUUUGGAAAUAGAUGGGCUCUAUCGAAUAGAUGCCAUACUAGACUAGAUUUUAAAGUUGACAUCGAAACACCGUACCCGACAGCUUAUAAAAAUAUUUGAUCCAAUUUAAUUGAGAUUCAAAAGCUAAGUUUUUUUCAUUUUCAUACAUUUAGAUACCAAAAUAUCGCAUUUUUGUACUUUAAAAUAGCCCAUGAACAAUUUCGUUUCCCAGCUAAAAAUAAAUGACUGCUCACAAACAGUUACAACCUAAUUUGUUACACAU